AUGACGGCUGCAAAGGAAGACUUCAAACUCAACGAUCUGGACGAAUCCAAUGCCAUUACCAACGAUCCAGCGCUGCUCGCUCUCGGCCAUGAGCCAGUUGAAUACAGCCCGGAAGAAGGCCGCAGCGUUCUUCGCAAGAUCGAUCUGCAUCUGUUACCGAUGCUGAUGUGGGUAUACAUGAUCCAGUUCGCGGACAAGACGUCCCUGAACUAUGCCUCAGUUAUGGGUAUACGUGAGGACACACACCUCGAUUCGAAUUCCGACGAAUACAGCUGGAUCUCGUCCAUAUUCUACGCCGGCUACAUUGCUUGGGAAUUCCCAACGACGUACCUUCUACGACGACUUCCGCUCGGGAAAUACACUUCCUCCUUCAUCGUUGCGUGGGGCGUCAUCCUUGCAUGCCAUGCUGCGGCCAACAACUAUGCCUCCUUGCUCGCUCUACGCUUCCUGCUUGGUGUCUUCGAAUCCACCAUCACACCCGCCUUCGUCCUAUUCGUCUCGAUCUGGUACAAGCGUGGUGAACAAGCCAAGCGUGUCAAUGCAUGGCUUUGCUGCAACGGUAUCGGUACCCUCAUAAUGGCGCCCUUUGCCUAUGGCCUCUCAGCAGCGACUGGAGCAGAAUUAGCCACUUGGCACAUACUUUUCCUGAUCCUUGGAGCCCUCACAGUCGUCACUGGGGCAUUUCUGGUGUACUACAUGCCGGACAACCAACUGAGCGCUCGUUUCUUGGACGUGCGCGAGAAGUCUAUUGCUGUCGAGCGCAUCCGCGAAAAUUUCCAGGGCAUAGGGAAUCGCGUGUGGAGCUGGUCACAAUUUCGGGAGGCUUUCACUGAUCCUCGGACAUACCUCUACGUGUUGUUUUCUCUUUUGAUGAACAUACCCAACGGAGGCUAUACGACCUUCGGCUCCAUCAUCAUCAAAUCUUUCGGCUUCGAUAAUCGCCUCGCCUUGCUCCUCCAAAUGCCAGGCGGCUUCGUCGACAUCGUGUGCAAACUUGGCUUUGGUGCUCUAUCGGAUUGGAUGAGUGAUAGGACCUUUCCAGCCAUCUGCGCCAUUUUGAUACCCAUGGUCGGUGGCAUCAUGAUGAUCACGAUCCCUCUGUCGGCUCCGGGAGGGUUGUUGGUUGGUUACUACCUCAUUAGCUGCGCAGGGGCUUCCUGGGGCCUGGUUAUGGUCAUGAUCUCCAACAAUACCGUUGGUUAUACCAAGAAGGUGACAGUCAAUGGCCUACAGAUCCUGGCGUAUGGCGCGGGCAACUGGAUCGGACCUCAGAUCUUCCAAAGCAAGGACGCCCCGGACUACUUCCCCGGAAAACUGAACAUGGCUAUCAUGUAUGGUGCUGCUGCUUGUACCCUGCUUGCAAUUCGGAUUGUGAACAUCAUUGAGAAUAAGAAGCGUGACAAGGCACAGGGACAGGAGAAUGCCGACACAAGCGCUGGUGCCCCAAAAGGCGACGGGGCCUUUUUGGACCUUACCGAUGGUCAGCAGAAAGACUUUCGCUAUAUACUGUAG